GACCUCUGUCUGCCGCAGGGAGAACGACGACUCUACCGGACUGACUUCUGUGGCGUCAUGACGGCAUGUAGCUUCUGCAUUAGUUCGGUCAUGGACAUCGUGUUAUUGUAAUUCGUCGGCUGCCUCUCUUUAUUUGGACACAGCAUAUAUUCAUAUCGAUGCAUUAGUCUGUUCUCGACAAUGUCUUGUAAGCUACGCCAGCAAAAGUGGCUCAGCUUUUGCUAAAGUUGCUACGUGUUAGCUUUUAGUUUUUCAAGCCUUUGUUGCACACACGCUAGCUAAUGUCUCGUUCGAUCGCUAGCUUUAAGAGGCUGUUAGCAUCAUCACCACGACAACCGGCCAGCUGAUGGACGGCUGAGGGAAACCAUGCUGAGAUUCCUCCAUAUCCUUUUAACAGGUCUUUUUGGUGUUCUGUGGGAUGGAGUUAAUGCUUUUGGAGGGGUCCGACUAGUGGAUGGGGAGAACAAAUGUUCUGGCAGGGUUGAGGUGCUCCGCCAUGACCAGUGGGGGACUGUUUGUGACCAUGCUUGGGACUUUCGAGAGGCUGACAUUGUUUGUCUGGAACUAGGAUGUGGCUUAGCUGAAUCUGAAUCGGCUUCAUUUGGUCCAGGCAGGGGCCAGAUAUGGCUACGGCAUGUCCAAUGCUCAGGACACGAGUCCAGUUUGACCCGCUGCGCAGUUUUCCUCCACAGUAACUCCCAAUGCACCCAUGACAAUGACGCAGGGGUGAAAUGCUCAGGUACCCUUUUAAUGCCCACCCUCACCCUGCUGUCACCUCACACUGUGUUCUCCCCGGGGGAGGCUGUGAGCUUCGGCUGCAGCGUUCUGCUGGGUCACCACCGCAGUGACUUUCACCUGUACAAGCACGGAGUGUCCACUCCACUGGUCACACAGAGAGCAGACCAGACCCAGGCCACAGUGGAGCUCACACUUUCUGACAUAGAGACUUUUCACCAGGGCAGCUACAGUUGUCGGUACAGGAUCAAGGGCGGCUUCCCUUCUCAGCUUCUCAGCUCUCCGCCCAGCAACUCCAUCAACAUCACAGUGGUGGAACUCCUGACUCCUCAGCACUGGUACAACACAUCUGCUGAGGCCCCCGCUGGUUCUGUCCUUAAAGGCCACAGCUUUAACAUCACCUGCUCCACCCUGCAGCAGUACCCUGGAGGCUCCUUCCAGCUUCGUCUGAUACGCUCCAAUGGCACAGUGCGCCAGUCCCUGCCUGCCCUCACCCCGUCCGUCACUUUCACCUUUUCCAACGCACAGAGCUCCAACGAGGGCUACUACUACUGCCUGUACCGGGUCCAGCUGGGUGGACGCACUUUUGUUUCCAGAGAAAGCCAGCCCCUGCCUAUAGCCAUCAGAGAUCCAGAUCCAGUACUGAGUCCGAUGGUGAUCAGCUGGCUGGUGUCUGGUGUAACGUUUGUUGUAGCCGUCAUUGUCAUCAUCAUCGUGGCCAAGGUGCUGUGUAACAAAGAGAAGAAGCCCUCUGAGCUGGAGCGAGAGACCAGAACCUGUGUGGACAACACUUACGUUGCCUUAACAAUUAACAAGCUAUGACCGGGCAACGGACAACUAGAGAUAGAAGGCUCACUGUGAGUCCACCGUUGAUUUAGUCAGCAGUGGAUGUAGCCCUGAACAGAACGGCUUGGCUGGUCGUCCUCUGGAAGAAAUACCACCUCUGGUCCUGGUUCAGCACAGUUAAGAUGGGGCACAGUUUUUUGCCGGACUCUAACAAAGACCUAUCUAAGACUGUGCUGUAAUACUUUAGUGUUACUGCUGGGAAACUAUGGGAAUACUUGGCUUUUCAGAAUUAUAAUUUGGUAAGAUGUCAGUCAACAGCUGCGAAAGAGAAGGCCACGAACAGCCAUGCUUGCUAUGUAUUUAAUAUUGUUAUCUCUACAAGUUUAUUUUUGUUAUCUCCGUAAUCUUCUUAAAAGUAACUUAGCACCCUUUCUCAAGGUCACAGGAUACUUUUUAGGAACUUGGAGACAAAUGUGGGUAAUAUAAUCCCUAGGAUUUUCCACUUCAAUAUCACUGUCAUAACCAUCGAGGAUGUCUCAUGGCUACAUUUUCGUUAGGUGGGGAGGCCGAUCUGAAUGUUUCUUUUGUAAAAAUAGAUAAAAGUGUAAUUUUUGCCUUUUACCUCGAUUGAAUACAUUUUGGUGAGUUGAUCAAUUAUUGGUCGUCUUUAAUCGACAUUUUACGUUUGAAUCAGUUACAACAGUUCUCUCCAAAUCAUGUGUGCACUCUUGCAAGAUGGAAAUCCUCAUAGACAUUACUGGCAAUAAGAGGAAAUAAACUCCUGUUUUCUUGUGAAAAUGUAUCAAACUUGUGUUCUCGAGGUAACUGUAACAAAAAAAGCAAGCACGGUUGUUUUUGGCAGACAAACUGUAAAAACUACUCCAGUAUUGUUUCAAGCUUGACUUCAGGUUCGCCCUGACCCAGGAUGUGUUGAGUGGAACACUACAUAAAGCUAGUGGAAACUGAUAUGGGUUCCUCAGGUCUCAGUGUGUAUAUGCAGUUAAAAACAUUCUUUUUCUACUUAUUAUCAGAUGACACUAAAGGUUAAGCUCUACUAGCGUAUUCUGUAUUAUCGUCUUCAAAUCAAUGAUCCUUAAAGGAGUAGAUGUUUUGUAUUUCAAGUCUUAACCCUGCUAUGCAUCUUACAUCAUUUACAACAUGUACUUAUUGCACUUAUAGAAGUGUAAAUAGACGAUGUAGUUGAUUGUAAUUAUGGCUGCUGGGUUUCAUCAAGUGUGUUUAACAAUCUACAAAUAGUGUUACCGAUUGUACUGUGGGCUUUUUGUAGCGUCAGAUCACACUCACCCUGAGGAAAAAAAAGAUUCAACAUCAUGCAUCAUUGUUUUAUAGUUUUAAACCUUCCAUUAUGACUAUAAUUAAGGUUUUAUUUCUUCCCUUAAUAAAUAACUUGAAGCUUCAAA